AAUAAACAUACCCCUCUACUCAAUCGCACACAGCUGUGCCUCGGUUUGAUCCAGUGCAACAGAGAACAACUUCAGCUCAGCAAGAGGAGGGGUCGGAGGGGCCAGGAUCAACCCUGCAGACUCUUGAGACAGUUCUCCGAGCCCCGGGAGUCAGAAGAAGACGACCAGAACAAGCCACAUCUGUCCCUGUGAGGACUGCGCGCGCUGGAGAUGACUGGACUGGCACCGCUCUGGCUGCCUCCCUGUGAUUCAGGAAUCUUUCAGAGGCCGUGAGAGCGUCUGAGGAACUUUGACAUUAUUGGGUCUCAAAGGAGCAACAAAGUGGAUCAGCAGUGUAGGAUUAAGUCACGCUCAGAACCAAAGUUAAGAAUGAAGACUCGUCUGCGGGGCUUGGAGUUACUUCUUUUGGUGACUCAUUUGCUUGUGGUCAGUGGACAACUGGAGCCAAAGAAGAAAAACAUCCAGUCGGUUCUGGCUGUCACCCAGAGAGUCGGGCUCGUGGAGCGGGACGUUCAGGGCCCAGUGAGGCCGAACAUGUCGUUGCCCCGCCGCAGUCAACCUCCCAUGUGCACUGGACCCACAGAAAUCCGGGAUACCUUCAAGUACAUCAACACGGUGGUGUCCUGCCUGGUUUUUGUCGUGGGGAUCAUUGGGAAUUCUACCCUUUUGAGGAUCAUCUAUAAGAAUAAAUGCAUGCGGAAUGGGCCCAACAUCCUGAUCGGAAGCUUAGCUCUUGGAGACCUGCUGCACAUUAUCAUCGGGAUCCCCAUCAAUGUUUAUAAGCUCCUGGCAGAAGAUUGGCCGUUUGGGGUGACCCUGUGCAAACUGGUGCCGUUUGUCCAGAAGGCUUCCGUGGGGAUUACCGUGUUGAGUCUGUGUGCUUUAAGUAUCGACAGGUAUCGGGCUGUGGCAUCUUGGAGUCGAAUCAAAGGGAUCGGAGUCCCAAAAUGGAUGGCUAUUGAAAUAGCACUUAUUUGGAUACUAUCCAUCAUCCUGGCAGUGCCUGAAGCAAUAGCCUUUGACAUGAUCACCAUGUACUACAAAGGAGAACACUUGAGAAUCUGUUUGCUGCACCCCAUGCAGAAAACAGACUUUAUGAAGUUUUAUAAAUCAGCGAAGGACUGGUGGCUGUUUGGUGCAUAUUUCUGCUUGCCGUUGGCCUGCACUGCCGUUUUCUACACCCUGAUGACCUGUGAGAUGCUGAGGAAGAAGAAUGGCGUCCAGAUUGCGCUCAGUGACCACCUCAAGCAGCGGAGGGAGGUGGCUAAGACGGUGUUCUGCCUGGUUCUGGUCUUCGCUCUGUGUUGGCUUCCCCUUCACCUGAGUCGCAUUCUGAAGAUCACCAUCUAUAAUGAGGAAGAUCCAAACCGCUGCGAGCUGCUCAGUUUCUUUUUGGUGUUGGACUACAUUGGCAUUAACAUGGCAUCCAUCAACUCCUGCAUCAACCCUAUCGCCCUCUACAUGGUCAGCAAACGCUUCAAGAGCUGCUUUAGGUCGUGUCUGUGCUGCUGGUGCCUUCCUCCAGAGAUGCUAAUGGAUGAGAAGCAGUCGUGUAUGAAGCUUAAAGUUUCUGAGCGAGCCUCCGACCAGAGCAACUCCCGCAUGACCAACAAGUCCACCACAGCCUGAGGAGGUACCAAAAACUGAAGCAAAAAAAAAAAACUGGAUGCAUGACUGAAAAGCCAUGAAACCCGAUUCUGUGGCGUCGCACGAACCACUCAGAUGUCCUUUCUGGAUAUUAGUUCCCUCUGAAAAGUUGGUCUGAAAACCUCUUAUUAUGCCAUGCUUUUGGGGCAAAGAUCAUCUGUCUCGUCAUCAUUUUAAUAUUUACGACAUAUGAAAAAUAUCUGGUUCUUAAGACUGGGCAUAAAACAACCUCACAUGAACAACUCAUGACAUUUUCCAGAGUGCCAACAUUCACUGAACAAAGCUAUAGCUAAAUGCAACGCCCUCAUUCUAGUUAAGAAUCACAGUAUCAAGCAGAUUCUGCUUAUUUCUGAUUGUCAAGAGUGAGGACCUCUAUAGAAGCAGACUUUUUGCCAUUUCGCUGAGCUGAAGCUUGAUCUGUGCUAUGGUAUUAAUCCUUGGACAGCUGGUGCUGCUCAACAAUCUACAAACUUUGAGGGAAAUCAUUUAAAAUUCCAUCACACAGUUGGCAGCAAAUAAGAACAACUUAUACAAAUCCAUUUAGUCCUUAGAUUUUAUUACUUUCACUUCAAAGCUUUAUGCCAGAUGCUAAAGUCUUUAAUGAUCUUGUUCAAACGUACAAUAGUGCAGUUAAAAAGGAAGGUUUUCAUGAAAACACAUUGACCUUGGCUGUGAAAGUAACACCUGAGAGAUGAUUGGUAGUUAACCACCACCCCAUAUUAGGCAUCUAGUUAUCAACACAACACAUUUGGUGGGUGUGAAAGCUCAUUUGAACUGAUGCAGACCAAACGAGGUGUGUCUGAAAAACUAAGCUCUGGAGUGAAUUUAGACUGAGAAACUGAUGAUACAAAUCAGGGUAAACCUAAAGCCUUGUUUCAUGCCUGGUACAGUAUGGCAUUGUAAAUGACCUUGUUGUUGUUUACAGAUAUUUUAAAUAUAGACUCAUAGAAACACAAAAACCAGCUAACCGUUUAAGAUAACGUUUCUUAACAUUGGAAAUGCUUAAAUGAGCGCUAUUUUGGUGCUUUCUAAAGUCGUCAUCACUUUUUGCCAAUGAAUGGGUGGUUACUGAGGCUCCGCCCCAACUGUUUCAUUCCACUUUUCCCCCAGGAGGAAGGUUUGAUACUGUUUUAUGGGCCCAUUUUACAAUGAAAACCCUGAAAAUACCAGACCGGAUCGGACCGGAUCACUCAGUGGAAACAAGGCUAAAGACACUAAAUAGACACGUGCUGUGCACUUUGAAAAUAAAAAUAAAAACACCCAAAGUACAAUCUUGAGGAAACAUGAAUCAAUGAACGGUUGAAAAAGCAUUUGUCUUUAAACGUGAUAGUAAAGCAAUAAAAAAAUAAAUAAAUACAAACA